UGCUCGUGAUUGAUGUUGCUUGUGAUCAAUGUUGGUUCAUGGUUACAUGCAUAGAAAUUAGAUCACCUGAGUAAUUUCACAGAGCAUCAACUCCUUUCAUUGCAAAAGGUAUAAAAGAAUUACCUUAAUGUCUAUUUACCAUUUGAUGCGCACGAAUAUGGUUUGGAGUUUAUUUUGUGGUAACUUGGCCUAGUUGUGUUGCAACGUAGUGCCGUGUAGAACGUUAGGACCACUGAUUUAUGCAACCAAGGGCCAGUAAUAACAAAAUUCAUGCUUAUUUUACGAACAAAUUGAAGUUCCAUCGAUCUUCCUAAACCUACUGCUUCAAAUAUGAAGCUUUUGGAGAUUAUUUGAUCAACCCAUGGUAUUCUUUACUGCUUCAAAUAUUUGUGUUGUUAAUAAUUAUAUUGUUAUUCUGUUAUAAAAAUAAAUAAAUAUAUAUCUGUACAUAAGAAAUACAUGUAUUCAGUAAACAGCAAGGGUAUUUCAGUCAUUUCUCAUUUUAUACAAGAUUUCAGCCCAUUCAAUAAGCAGUCUGCCAAACAGUUAACUUCUGUGACCAGCUGCUUCUUUAACCAGCUGCUUCUCAGGCCAGCUAACCACCAGCUGGCUUCAGAAUAAGUUUCAGCUGUGCCAAACAGGCCCAAUGUCUAAUGGAAGGUUGUACGCUAAAAGCUAGUAUUUGGAACAAAUGAUCGCCACAAGAAUUUAUACGAAUUUCACCAAAAGAAAAUUAGAUCCUCGCAAGAUGGUAAAACAUAACUUGUUUGGUUGGAACUGGGAAACUUCAAUUUGAAAAUCAUUCAAUUGUAAUGGGAAAAUCCGUACCUUUUCACUUCGUAGAAAACAUGAAAAGAACGAAUCGGUGGCCCGUGGCCGCGAGAAAGCAAGGGCCCAGUUGAAACGGCCUUCACAUGGGGUGGGGGGGGGGGAGACCUGGACUCACACUCAAAAUGGGCCUAAUAGGCCCACGAAGCCCAGAUCAUUCUCGUGAAAAAUCUCACAGCUCAGUCCACGCUUGUGGGCUUCUCUUUUCUUUCUCCUCGACUUUCCCCACAGAAAAAAGAAGCAGGGAGGAGAUGCGGAGGGCGUCACCUUCGCCGUCUCCGGCGAGGGGCCCGGCGGUCUUCGCCGCCGCGUUCGUGGUGUUACUGCCGGCCUUGUUCCCAAGGAUGUUCUCUCCGCUCGGCCACGCCUUCCCUUCCCUCUUCUCGGAGUGGAAUGCACCUAAGCCAAUGCAUCCUUCUCUUUUAAAUGAGGCUUUGCGAUGGGCAAUUCCAGCUGAGCAGAAGAGAGAGCUCUGGUCACCCUUGCCAUACCAGGGGUGGAAACCAUGCUUAAAGUCAUCAAUUUCUCAUGCAUUGCCUCUGGAGCCAAGUGGGUACAUACAGGUAUUUCUUGAUGGUGGACUUAACCAGCAAAGAAUGGGGAUAUGUGAUGCAGUUGCAGUUGCAAAAAUUCUUAAUGCUACUCUUGUGAUCCCACAUCUUGAAGUAAACCCUGUUUGGAAGGACUCAAGUUCAUUCGAAGAAAUUUUCGAUGUCGAUCACUUUAUCAACUCCCUAAAAGAUGAUGUUUCCAUCAUCAAAAUGCUUCCAAAAGAAUUUUCUUGGAGCACAAGAGAGUACUAUGGCACUGGCAUCCGUGCUACGAGAAUAAAAACUGCACCUCUUCACGCCUCAGCAAAUUGGUAUCUGGAGAAUGUCAGUCCUAUCCUGCAGAGCUAUGGUAUUGCUGCUAUUGCCCCCUUUUCUCAUCGCCUUGCCUUUGAUGAUUUGCCUGCGGAUCUUCAACGUUUACGUUGCAACGUUAACUUCCAAGCCCUGGUUUUUCGACCUUACAUUAUCUCACUGGGGGAGACUCUUGUGAAGCGCUUGAGGUCUCCUGUUCAGGGGCAUUCUGAUGAAUCUGUCCAUCAAGCUGUAGACCAAAGUACAAAUCAAGAUGGAAAAUAUGCAGUUUUGCAUCUCCGCUUUGAUAAGGAUAUGGCUGCACAUUCAUCCUGUGACUUUGGAGGUGGCAGAGCUGAAAAAUUAGCUCUCGCUAAGUACAGGCAAGUUAUUUGGCAAGGGAGGGUAUUAAAUUCACAGCUAACUGAUGAAGAGCUUCGGAACACAGGACGUUGCCCAUUGACCCCAGAAGAGAUUGGCCUGUUAUUGGUAACCCUCGGCUUCGACAGCAGAACUCGACUCUAUCUUGCUUCUCACAAGGUAUAUGGUGGGGAAGCCAGGAUCUCUAGCUUGCGCAAACUUUUCCCACUGAUGGAGGACAAAAGGAGCCUUGCAUCUGAAGAGGAGCUUGCUGAUGUUGAAGGGAAGGCUUCUGUGCUAGCAGCUCUUGACUAUUACAUCAGCAUUCAUAGUGAUAUUUUCAUCUCUGCGUCUCCUGGGAAUAUGCACAAUGCUUUGUUAGCUCACCGGACAUAUGAGAACUUGAAGACCAUAAGGCCAAACAUGUCAUUGCUGGGCCGCAUCUUUGUGAACAAGAGCAUGGAGUGGUCAGAAUUUCAGCAUGCUGUACAGGCAGGGCACAAAGGAAGAUACGGGCAAAUCAGGCUGAGGAAGCCAAAGCAAUCUAUCUAUACCUAUCCUGCUCCAGAUUGUAUGUGCCAAGGGUAGACUGCUAAAUUCCACAUCAAUCACUACUUUACUAGGCGCUCUGCAGCAGUGCAGCGCACGGAGCUCAAGGAUCCUGAGAGAUCACCAGCUAAUCUGUCAAUGGCAUUCCUUACCGGCAAUUGCUAGCUCCCUUGGAUUGCGAAAUUGGUUGGUGGUUUAGUCAUUUAGCUCAUUCUGUUGAAUCUUAGAUUAUACCAACUUGACUUGUAGCCUCCACGAGGACAAUCCUUCUCCGGCUCCAUGUAAAUUUUGAGACCGCUGCUGGGCACUAUAAUCUUUUUCCCCCUGUGUUCAUAAUACAGUUUAUGCAGAUGUAAUUAACAGAGAUUGUUUGUUGUGACGGUGAUAGCA